UCCCAGUCCAGGCAGGUAUAAGCCUACCUGACCAGGCUAAGGGAACACAGAUGGAAAAGAGAGAGACCAUCAUGUCCUCUUGGAGCCCAGAGCGAAACCAGAGCCCAGGAGGCCUGAGCUCCCAUCUUUCUAGAACACUGUUCCUGCUGCUGCUAUCUGUGGCCUCAGCCCAGGAUGUCACCCCAAACCGUGACACCUGCUUGGUGUUCCAGUCGAGCAACGGCAGCUCCGUCUCCUGCCACCCACCUGCCAAACUCCCUCACCGCUUCCCAGCUGACACUGUCUACCUGGCGGUGGAGUUCUUCAACCUCACCCAGCUGCGGGCCGACACCCUCCAGGGCACCUCUAACCUCCAGGAGCUGCACCUCUCCACCAACCAGCUGGAGAGCCUCUCGCCCAAGUUCCUGCUGCCGGUGCCUCUGCUGAAGGUGCUCGACCUAACCCGCAAUGCCCUGACCCAGCUGCCCCCAGGCCUCUUCCGAGUCUCGGCCGCUCUCCACACCCUGGUGCUGAGGGAGAACCGGCUGGAAAUCCUGGAGCGCUCGUGGCUGCAGGGGCUCAAAGCCCUGGGGCAUCUGGACCUAUCCGGGAACCACCUCCAGACACUGCCCCCUGGGCUGUUGGCCAACUUCACCUCCCUGCGCAUCCUUGACCUCAGCAAUAACCAGUUGAAGACUUUGCCCUCUGACCUUCUGAGGGGCCCCCUGCAGUUGGAAAGGCUGCAUCUGGAGGGCAACAGAUUGCGGGUGCUUGGAGAGGGGCUCUUGGCACCCCAGCCAGACCUGCGCUACCUUUUCCUGAAUGACAACAGGCUGGCCACGGUGGCAGCCGGCGCCUUCCGAGGCCUGCAGCAGCUGGACAUGCUCGAUCUCUCCAACAACUUGCUCACCAGCGUGCCCAAGGGGCUCUGGACAUCCUUGGGGCAGCCCACCCGGGACAUGAAGGAUGGCUUUGACAUCUCUGGGAACCCCUGGAUCUGUGAUCGGAACCUGGAUGACCUCUAUGGGUGGCUCGUGGCCAAUAAAGACAAGAUGUUCUUCCAGAAUGCCACACGCUGCGCUGGGCCCGAAGCCUCAAAGGGCCAGACGCUCCUGGAAGCAGCCGAGUCCCACUGAGGCCUGGGGCUAGGGUGGGGAGACAGGCCUGGCAGCACACUGCACGGUACUUAGCAAAUAAUUCACCUUCGGCUUUCCAGAGCUGCCAGGAUCCGCUUGGCCCAGGCUUCCCAAAAUGCACGCUGGGCUCUCCAGCCUCCUUGUACCCUCUUCCAGGAACGUCUUUCCCUGGGGGCAGUUGGCUGGCUCAGUCUGUGGAGCACGCGACUCUUAAUCUCAGGGUCCUGAGUUCAAGCCCCACAUUAGGCAUGAAGCCUACUUAAAAGAAAAAAGAAAAGAGAAUGUCUUGCCCUGUUUUCCAGAUCUCUUGGUCUCCAGGCUCCCUCAGCCUGCUCGGCCUCCCUCUGGCCCAGCCCUGGCUACACUAGCGUUGUCUCUAUCUGGUUCUGCCUCCCCCACUUCGGGGGGCUCUCCGAAUGCAGGGCCUGGGGCUGGGUUCCCUCGUAGCCAGCAUC